AAAAAAAAAUUAUUUUAGAUUCCAUCGAUGCACCUCCUCGCACGAACGUUGGAUUUAGGCAAAGAGAUGACAAAGCUCAUCAUAAAGAAUGGUGCAGUCCUUUGGAAGCCAUCGAUGACUUUGAUAUGGUCGAAGGAAUGCCAGUGUCCGACAGGUUGCAUUUAUUGGAUGAGGGAAUAUUCCAAAAAAUACUAGUAGGGUUUUUGAACAACGUUUUCGAACUAUUAGGCCAUAUUUAUCCUCGUCAGAAGGAAGUAGUAUCUGCCUAUAUAAUCAAAAUUAGGCUUCCCUAUGAAAUACCUCGUAGAAUCCGGUCCCUUGAUGAAAUUGCGCAAUGGAAAGCUACUGAAUACCGUAUCUUCUUCCAUUAUUUAAGCGUAGUUAUACUAGACGAUUUUUAUCAAUAUGAAGGUUCAUUUAACCAUUUUUUGAUGUUAUUUUCUGCGAUAACAAUAUUUUCUUCAAGGGCCCAUCAACAAUAUUGGUCUCUGGCAAAAAUAAUGUUGGACGAAUUCUUUAGACACUUUGGGAAAUAUUAUGGACGUUCUAACAUAACCAGCAAUGUUCAUAACCUUCAGCAUGUUGCUCAUGAAGUUGAAAAGCUUGGGCCUCUGGAUUUAUAUUCCGCAUACGAUUAUGAAAAUAAUUUAAGAUUUAUUAAGCAAGACGUAAAAUCAGGCACUAAUAUAGUUGAACAAGUAGCUGGUCGUCUAACCGAACGCAGUCAAGUAGUAAAAGCCAAAAACAUCGCGAAACUUAUAUACCCGAGACUUAGACCAAACGGCCGUUUCUUUAUUACCGAGGAUUUUUCCCUUCACACACAGUUCCAGAACCAAUGGUUUUUAACUGAAGAAAGGAACAUUAUUAAAUUUGUAAAUGCAAAGAAAGAUGCUUGUGAUUCCUUUAUAAUUGUUGGCGAUUUAAUCGAAUCAUGUGAGGAACUCUUUAAUGUAGUGUCUGAUGAGGACAAUGUGAUAACAGAUAUACAUUUAUCAUCGACUGAAAUUUGUAUCUACAAAGUUAAGCUUAAUGUUCCUACAAUAAGGGUAGAGGUCCCCUGUACAUCUGUGCUAUGUAAGCUUGUUCCAAUUUUUAAACCAUCGCGGUCUUUAUUGCAAAUGCCUGUAAGGACAACACCCCAGCCAAAUUCAAUAGCUUUAUUUCCUUUGUUACACACGUUUAGGAACGCAUAAUAUGUAAAAUAGUUUAUUAAAAAUUAUUCAACAAAAAACAAGUCGUUUAUUUAUUUACUAAUCGUGAUUUUAACUUUAAUAAAUGGUAUGAUUUUUAUUAAUUUAAAAUUUCAGUUAAAUAAAUAACUUUGGUUUUUGCGGCACCGCAUCGAACUCAAAAUAGAAAAGAGCUUAUGGGUACCAACUGUAAAAGUAAACGAAUGAACAUGUUUUAAUAGUUCACGUAUAUUUAACUAAACAUUAUUUAUAGAGCCCAGGUCUAUUCCAUCUCUUAUAAAACUAAUAUGUUCCUAACAAAGUAAUAGUCAACAAUACUAAAAUAACUUAACUAGUUCGUUUGUUUUUUGUUUCGCUUGUGCGCUUUAUGCACUACGCUUUUAGUUAUUCCUCUUGUUAAGCUUGCACUUUUUGCAUUACUAAUUUUGUUUUUUAAGAAUUGCUCGACAUCUUUUUCUGUUGUCUGGGCACCUCCUACCCGUUUGAAGACAUUCAGAAUGUUUCGGUAUGCCACUAACGCUACCUUUUCCGAGCCAUUUCGCGAAACACCUCUCCAAUUGCACUGAACCACAAACUGACGACAAAACACAUUGUAAAAUGAUUCGUGAAUCCUUUGAAAUUUAUCUGUUGAUUGCAUUUGUGCUUUUAACCAGUUUUUUAACGCUUCUGCAUUAGAUGUUAAUGAAAGACUGGACUCUAAACUGUCCAGUUGUUGCUUGUUGGUAACGACCGCAGGAUGAAACAUCGGUCGCUGGACAGUGCUUUCUGUUUCCAGGUUAAUUUCGCUGCUUCUUUCGUUAAAUGCAUCCGUAUUUACAAUAUCCUUUAUUGCAACAGAAAUGCCAGCCACAACCGUGGUCAUUCGUGCCGUUUGUACAAGAUUUGCUUGUGUAGCAGAUUUGAUAAGCUGCAACUCCUGCAAAAUGUUUUUUCCAGGAUUGUUCGCCAUUUUGUUCUUGACUGUAACAUUACCAAAAUAUUAAAUGGAAAUAUUUUAACAAUUUGUGGUAACUACUUACUUUUGUGAACUAAAUUAUCGUUUAACUAAGCGUAUUGUAAUCGUAAAAUUUAAGCAGUCCACAAUCUGUUUCGGCGUACAUAAACAAGUGCAUUCACGUUUGAAUCUUCAACAUUGAAUGGAAAAGGUUUUGCAUGAAAAACAGUCAACCUUAUGUCAUAUAGAGGCUAAAAAUAAUUCAAGUGAAUAUUUUCUUAGAGAUUGUUAAAUUAUUUCGCCGUAAAGUUAUAAUUUAGAACAUAUAUUUAUUUCUGAUUUAAUUUUAUUUUAAAAUAAUGACGACAAUGCCCUUUUUCAAAUAGUUUUAAGCUUUAAAAAGAAAUAUAACACACAUACACCAUCAAUAAUAUUGACAUUAUGGCUGCUGUCACAAUCAUUGACCGACCUGUCUCAAAGCAAUGUUAGCGCGCUUGACAGUUCCAUCAUUGUUGUUGUUUGCAGCAGCCAUGGCGAGCAAAGGAAAUCUGUUUGCCGAAAAAGUUGUCUUUACAAGGCAAAAUAGUUAGUUCAUGUAAGUUUAAUUGUAAUAUAAUGUCCCAUUAAGUAUUUUUUAACAGGUGUGUCGCAAAUUCUAAGCGUGAUGUGAAUAACAAGACGGAAAAAGGAUCCUCGAAAUUGCUCAACAUCUAGCAACCAACAGCACCAUGCUUCACUGCAUUACCAAUAAAUGCAUUUAUUCUACGCUGUGCCAUUCAACUAUGGUGUAAAAUAUUUCAUGAACACACGGAGGAAAUCAUCAUACGAAGAAGUGCCGGUACAGAAGGAAAAAGGCCCCCAAAAGAGUGAUAAAUUAGUCGAUGAAGUGAAGAUUAUUAUUAUAAUGCGUUGUAAAUUGCUUAUUGAUACGUUAAAUGUUAAAAUAUAUCCCUUUUUUGAAACGAUGGAGUGUUUCAUUUUGCAUUUGGGGCUAGGAGCGGGUGGUCCGGGGUAGGAAACGAACUAAAAAGCGGGGAAAGGGGGGCUGGGCACUCAU